AUGGAAGAGACAGUUUUAUGUUACUUUGAAGACCCUGAGAAUUUGACUGUUGUGUGCAAUGGUGUCCAAUACAAAGAAGAGGAUAUCAUUGAACCUUCAGAUUUCCUGUUCUGGUUGUACCUUAUCUUGUAUGGGGCAUUGGUUUGUUUUGCUGGUCUGAUGUCAGGCCUGACGAUGGGUCUGCUCUCCCUGGACAUCAUGUCUCUUGAGGUGCUCAAGAGAGGAGGGAAACCUAAGGAGAAAAAAUACGCUUCUCGAAUUCUCAUGUUGGUGAAGCGCCAUCACCUCCUACUGGUGACAUUGCUGCUGGCCAAUGCUGCUGCCGUGGAAACCAUGCCCAUAUUUCUAAACAAGAUUACUCUUGAGGUUGUGGCUAUCAUUGUGUCAGUGACAGCUGUUCUUUUAGUUGGAGAGAUAGUACCUCAGGCCAUCUGCACACGGUUUGGUCUGGCUAUUGGCUACUACUGCUCUCCCAUAGUGCUCGUACUGAUGGCUAUACUCUUCCCAAUAUCCUUCCCCAUUGCCAAACUACUAGAUUUGAUCCUUGGCAAGGAACAUUCUACCUUUUUUAGGAGAGCAGAGCUUAGAGAGCUGGUGAAGAUGCAUGGUGACGGAGAGCAAGGCAAUGAAGAUCCUCUGUCUUACGAUGAGGUCCUGAUUGUCAAGAGUGCGCUGGAGAUGAGGGACAAGACAGUAGAAGACGCCAUGACUCCUCUGGAGAGUGUAUACAUGCUCAAUAUCAAUGCCAUUAUUGAUAGAGACACCAUGAAAGAUAUUCUCGCUCGUGGUCACUCUCGUGUGCCAGUAUACAAUAACAACCAUGACAAUGUGUGUGGGAUUCUCCUCGUAAAGACACUAAUACACUUGGACCCUGAGGAUUGUACACCUGUCAAACUGAUCCGAGGGUCCCAAAUUCCACCUCCCUCCUGUCUCACAAUCACACCCCUCUACGACAUUCUCAAUCAGUUUCAGACAGGAAGAAGUCAUCUGGCUUUGGUGUACAAGGAAGAAGGAGAAAAUACAGAGCCUAUUUUGGUAGGGAUCAUUACAUUAGAGGAUGUGAUUGAGGAGCUGAUUGGAGAGGAAAUUGUUGAUGAAACAGAUCAGUAUGUUGAUGUCCAUCGUCGCAUAGCUGUGGCCAAGGCAAGGCUGCAGUAUCACAGGCAGAGUAUCUCUGCACCGUCUGCCAUAGCUACUAACAGGAGACGAUCGAAGUUUGAUCGGAGUAAUAGCCAGCCUGCUUUGGUUCAUCAGCACUCAGUAGGUCCCGCUGGAUCUAUCAACUCCACUGGGAGUGAGGAACCUUAUUUUACAAAUCCCAAACUAACUGCGAUUCCAGAGGGUUUGGAGGCAUCUCGUCAACAGUACACUGAAGACGCUGCUCAGUUGGACAACGAAGACGAGAAUGCACCUCUAAUCGUAGAGAUUAAGUGACUUGAUCAAAGGGCAUGACUGUUUGUUGUUGUUUUGCCAUUAGUUUUGUUUUAAUACGUACAAUUGUGUACAUAUUUUUUGUAGUUUGCAAUGGUUAUUUCCAAAAUGUCA